CAGCUUCCUCCUCUGUAAAAUCAGGGGCUGGACUAGAUAGUUUCGGAGGCCCCUUCUAACUCUGUAGCUAAGCUAUGGCCCCACGAACGGGGUUGCAGUAGCCCACUCCGAGGCGGUCUGCCAAACUGCAGGCACGCAGAUAGGCGCUCGCCGGCGCGUCAGUCCCGUGCCCCCGAGGGAGAAACUGGGUGGAAUUCGAUUAGGGGAGGAGCUUGAGGCUCCUGACCCAUAGAAUAUUGGAGCGGCAAAAGGUUCGGAACCUGGAACGUUCCUGGGAGGGGCAGGACGGGAUAGGAAGCGCCCCGUACUAGGCUCCGCCCCGGAGCAUGCUAGAGUGAUUGGUGUGGUCGUGGCUAGACCCUCAGUCUGCAUCUCUGCGCCGUAGGGAGAGUACCAUGGCUACUUCUCGGGAGUCUGAGGUCGUUGCGCUUUUGGAAGAGGCCCGGAGAGUCUUCCACAAGGAGUUUGGGUCUGAACCCACACUGGCCGUGUCCGCCCCCGGUCGGGUCAACCUGAUCGGGGAGCACACGGACUACAACGAUGGCUUGGUGCUGCCCAUGGCUCUGGAGCUUGUGACAGUGCUGGUAGGAAUUCCACGGUCGGAUGGCCUCAUCUCUCUUGUAACAACCUCAGAGUAUGUUGAUGAACCAAGGCGGGUAGAGUUCCCAGUACCUACUGCAGAGAAGCCUCUGGAACCUGGGAUACCUCGUUGGGCCAACUAUGUGAAGGGGGUGAUACAGCAUUACCCAGCUGGUCCCCUCCCUGGCUUCAGUGCAGUGGUGGCCAGCUCAGUGCCUCUGGGGGGUGGGCUGUCCAGUUCUGCAUCCCUGGAAGUGGCGACUUAUACCUUCUUGCAGCAGCUUUGUCCAGACUCUGGGGCAGCAGCCAUGCGUGCCCAGGUGUGUCAGCGGGCAGAGCACAGCUUUGCAGGGGUGCCCUGUGGCAUCAUGGACCAGCUCAUCUCACUGUUCGGGCAGAAGGACCAUGCACUACUCAUUGAUUGCAGGUCCUUAGAGACACAACCGGUGCCCUUGUCAGACCCAGGGGUAGCUGUGCUUAUUACCAACUCCAAUGUCCGGCACUCACUUGGUUCCAGUGAGUACCCUAUACGGCGCCGUCAGUGUGAAUCAGCUGCCAAGGCACUGGGCAAGAAGAGUUUGCGAGAAGUAGACAUGAAAGAUCUAGAGGCUGGGAAGGAGCUGCUGACCAAGGAGGAAUUCCGGCGGGCGCGGCACGUCGUGGGGGAGAUUCGGCGCACAUCUGAGGCUGCAGCUGCUCUGAGAGCAAGUAACUAUAAAGCUUUUGGCCGACUCAUGGUGGAAAGCCACGACUCCCUCAGGGAUGACUAUGAGGUGAGCUGCCCUGAGUUGGAUCAGCUGGUGACUCUGGCCCUCUCGGUACCUGGAGUGCAUGGCAGCCGCAUGACUGGAGGAGGUUUUGGUGGCUGUACGGUCACCCUCCUGGAGGCAGACGCAGCGACCAGAGCCAUGCAGCAUAUCCAGGAACAGUACAAAGGGACCGCCUCUUUCUACCUCUCAAAAGCAGCUGAUGGGGCCAAGGUGCAGCCUUUGUGAAGGGUCAUUGUGGAGAGAACUACAGGCUGGACACCUCCCCUGGGUGGGCAAUGGACAGUGAUGGGGGAAGCCAUCUGCGUAUGAGCCAUUAAAUCAUAAUAGAUUUCUACA